UGGUGAUAGCUAUGGCAGUAACUGCUUGUUCAGUGAUUAUAGUAGACAAUGGUGAUAGCUACAGCAAUAGUUGCUUGUUUAAUGGUUGUGAUUAUAGUAGACAUUACUCGGUGGUGGUAGCUGUGGCAGACGUGGUAAUUGUUCAGCGGUGGUAG